CAGAAAGGACUUAUAUAUGGCUUCACACUUCGCGGCUUUACAUUAAGUCUCCCAUCGUCUCUCCCGAGAAGUAAACAGAAAAGGGAAGAAUUUUGGUGACCGGUGAUUCGUGAGUAUUGUAAACAGCUGCAGCAGCAAUGGAGCUGUUCUACUUCGUGGUGUUCGGGGCAUUGGGAGCGGUGGUGGCAGCAUUAGAGCUAAGCAAGAACAGCAAAGAUCGAAUCAACACAUCCUCUGCUUUCAAUUCCUUCAAGAACAAUUAUCUUGUCGUUUAUUCUCUCAUGAUGGCUGGAGACUGGCUGCAGGGUCCGUAUGUUUACUAUCUUUACAGUACAUAUGGGUUCGGAAAAGGUGAAAUUGGACAACUUUUUAUUGCCGGUUUUGGGUCCUCUAUGUUGUUCGGGACAAUUGUCGGAUCUUUAGCAGACAAACAGGGCCGAAGGAGGGCGUGUGUUACUUACUGCAUAACUUACAUACUUAGUUGCAUAACGAAACAUUCUCCUCAAUACAAAAUUUUGAUGGUAGGUCGGGUUUUGGGAGGUAUUGCCACUUCUCUUCUCUUUUCGGCAUUCGAGUCAUGGCUUGUUGCAGAACAUAAUAAAAGGGGCUUCGAGCAACAAUGGUUAUCUUUAACAUUUUCGAAGGCAAUAUUUCUUGGUAAUGGUCUUGUUGCCAUUUUGGCUGGGUUGUUUGGAAACGUGCUGGUCGAUUCAUUAUCCCUUGGACCUGUGGCUCCUUUUGAUGCUGCUGCAAUCUUUCUUGCCAUUGGGAUGGCCAUUAUUUUAUCAUCAUGGACUGAAAAUUUCGGAGAUCCUUCAGAAAAUAAGGACUUGCUGACCCAGUUCAGGGGCGCUGCUGUAGCAAUAGCUUCGGAUGAAAAAAUUGCUUUGCUGGGUGCCAUACAGUCUCUGUUUGAAGGUUCAAUGUACACAUUCGUGUUCCUUUGGACACCUGCUUUGAGCCCCAACGACGAAGAGAUCCCUCACGGUUUCAUAUUCGCCACUUUCAUGUUGGCUUCGAUGUUGGGAAGCUCCCUUGCAUCUCGUUUGAUGGCUCGAUCAUCACCUAGAGUAGAAAGCUACAUGCAAAUCGUUUUUGUGAUUUCCUCAGCCUCUCUCACGCUUCCGAUUAUAACCAAUUUCUUGGUAGCACCUUCGAAAGUGAAAGGCGAAAGCAUCUCAUUCGCAGGUUGUCUUCAACUUCUUGGUUUCUGUACUUUUGAAGCUUGCGUAGGGAUAUUCUGGCCAUCCAUUAUGAAAAUGAGAUCCCAAUACAUCCCGGAGGAGGCUCGGAGCACCAUCAUGAACUUUUUCCGCAUUCCUCUCAACAUCUUCGUCUGCAUUGUGCUAUACAAUGUCGACGCAUUCCCCAUCACCGUUAUGUUUGGUAUGUGCUCGAUUUUCCUCCUUGUUGCAUCCAUCUUGCAAAGACGGCUGAUGGCAAUUUCAGACAAACCAAAGAUGGAAAAUUGGACAGCAAUGAAGGAAAGGGACCCUGAAGCUGAAGCAUUAAAUGAUUGAAAAAGGCAACCAAGGAUUGAAUUGAAAGCAACAGCAUAAUUCAUUGGGGUUAUAUUUUAUGUUUGAUUCUUACAGUAGUGAAAGUAAAUGUGGGUUAAAAUAGGUUACUUUGAGUAUUUAUGAUUUGUUUAUGGUGCUGUCUGUUAAUCAGCACCAAUAGUUAACCCUUUAUGAAAUAUCCCACUUUUUCUUUUUCCUUUUUUUAUGAGAAUUAUUAUUAUUCUUUUCCAAAAACUGGGCUAUAAUUUGUUUUAGUUUUUCCUCCAUAUAAUAUGUUUCUCUUUAGUAA